UUUGCUUUUAAUUUUCCACUUGAUACAUUAUAGAACUGUUUUAGAAAUUGCUUGGAAUAGUCAACUGAAAAGUUUAUGGAUACCAGUUUUCGAAAAGUUGAUCAUCAAACGUGGACGAAUAGUGUUUACAUUAAAUCGUAAUUUAUGUCCAGAAAAUGUGAAGCAAUUCAUUCAUGCUCAUAUGAACUUGUCACGUAAUUUAUCAAGUUUGGAAUCUGAAUUAAUCGAAAAAUCAAAUGGAGCUAUUGGAUUGUGUCGAACGCAUAAACUUAAUUUGUCAAUCAAUUAUGUUCAUCAACGCUCUUUAUCAUUUACUAUUAUGAAUACACCAGCUUGGAGUGAUUUUCGUCAAGUACUACCUACAACUGUUUACUAUAGAUAUAUUGGACAAGAUGAACCAGAAUUGAUCAUUGAAACAGUCUGUGAUAAAUCUUGGCAUAUACAUGAACCCAAAUGUCAAAAAGUAAUAGAACCUACAAGAUAUUCGGAUUUAUUUCAUGGAAUGCUGCAAUCUAACAGUUUAAAGCUUCAAUGUGAAGUAAAUUAUUUGAAUCCAGCACAACGUUAUCAAGCUUAUAUUGAAAUACGUACAAUGUUCAAUUCAGAAGGAGCAUUGAGUCAAGUAUUUACUUUUCAAACAAAACAAGAUAAACCAACUAGUCCAACUGAUUUUCAUGCAUUUCCAUUAAAUUCUAAUACAAUACAAUUAUUAUGGAAUGUUCCAGAUCAUUCAAAUGGUCCUAUUGUAGAAUAUCAUCUAUGGUAUAAACGUUUACUGGUAAAUAGUUCAUCAUUUAAUCAUUAUGAUUUAUCUUGUACAAAUGGUUAUUCAUCUCACUUAAUCAGCUUAUCAACUACUACACAUGUAAAUACUAUCAAAUAUAAUCAAAACAUAUCUCAACAUUCAAUGUCACAUGGAAAUUUUCCUAAAACUAUUAAAACACUAUGUUCAUGCACUAGUUGCGCUGCUCUUUGUUUUAAUCCAUCUAUACGUCUAUCGACUAUGAAUACACGUCAAAGUAAAAUGUUUAUUGGAAAAAAUAAUCAUCAUUAUGCUGAUUAUGAGAAAACAACACGAGCUGAACGUCUUGAAAUGAUUCGUUUUGAAGAUUCUUUACAAAAUUUACUGCUAUUUUCUAGAAAUAAAUCACCUGUAAAGAUUCGCGGAAAGCGAAACAUCGAAGUUGAAGAUUUGAACACUUUACACUCUAUGAAAUUAAAACAACGUGAUUUUGAUCAUUACCCAUUUAAAUGGGAUGGUCAUUUACAAAUCAAUGCUACUAUAAAUACUAUUGGGACUGAUGAAUCAGUUAGCAGUAAUACCAUAAAAGAAAUAUCUAUCAAUGGAUUACAUCAUUAUACAGAAUAUUUAUUUGUUAUAUCAGCAUGUCAUUCACCGCAUGAUAUCAAUGGUGAACCAUUGUUAAUGAGUGCUACUGUACUAGAAGAAAUGCCACCAUUCCCAGAACGUCAUUCUAGUAUUUUAGCUAAACUUAAAGCUAAAAAUCCUAAUACUGAUGGUACAAUAUCAAAAUCAGAAGUGGUUGGAGAUAGUUAUGCUGUGAAUUCAUCUAAAAUCAGCCAUGAUAACAAUCAUGAUGUUAACCGUGAAGCAGAUUUACUCAAUUUCGGCAAUCCUGGUACUGUGUACAAUGAUGUCCAGUCCAAACCAAACGGCUCAUCUAGUCUAUUAGUUGAUUUAAUGGGAAAUGGUUUCACGUCUUCAGAUACGAACAAUUUACUUCAUGCUAGUGGUGAUCAGUACAUGAAUCGUAAAGAAUUUACAAACUUUGUUUCACCAAUUAAUUCUGCCAAUGUGAUAGUCGUAUAA